AGGGUUUUUUGUUUUUUUUUCCCAUUGCCUGUCGCGGUUUUUGUGCAUCGGAAGCAAUUUAUGGCCGCCCUUAACGAGGUCCUGCAGAGUUAAGUCAAAGUGGCAAUUGAGGUGGGUAGCGUGAGGAAGUAAGGGGGAGUAUCUUACACCCCGAGAAGUAGGAGAAGGCAGUAGCACCAUGGAUCGGCGUUUCCGGCUUAGCCGCUACCGCUUCGCCUCUGCCAUGAGCGGCAUUGUGAAUAAGUACAACUUACCCUUUGAAGAUGAUAUGGUUGUCUCUAUCAAAUCACUGACUUAUGAUACACCUGAUGGACCAAAGGUUUGGGGAGAAGAACCAAGUGAUGAAAUUUUAGAUAUAUCUUAUGAGAAUGGUAUACAAUGCCAAGAAAGCAUAGUACAAAAGCAGAACUCUGAUUUUGAAGAAGGCUAUACUGAUGAUCAGUCAUUUGAGGAAGGCUACUUCACAGACUUAUAUGAAGAGAGUCAAUUCAGUCCAGGUAACAAAAGGAAUGCUGAGUUGGCGUCUAUUAAAUGGCAUUUGGCAAAUAUACACCUCAAGGAGAAUAUCCCACUUGAAUGCAGUUCUGGAACACCUGUGAAGAAUAAAUGCAAAGUAGAAAUGGACAUGCUAUUGGAAGAUUGUGCCAGCUCUGUUCCAACAACAUUUACGAUUACAAGAACAAAACCAAGAAGUAUUCAUCAGUCCUCUCCUUUGCAGGAAAUGGAAAAUGAAUCUUUAAUUGAUCUAAUAGGAUAUGAUGUGGCCCAGAAGAAGCAGCUGUCAUCUGUAUCACUGAGAUCUCCAGAACCAUCCAAUUCUGCUAUUUCACAUUCAGUGCAUGGGACAAUUGUGCCUAAAAAUCAGUCCCUUUGUGUUAAUGAAACUGGCCACAGUAGUUUUUUGGAAAUGUAUGAAUCUGCAGAUGAAAACUGUUCAUGGAAUAAUGUCACAAUAGCAGACUUGUAUCCAGGAAUGGUGAAGACUCUUAGCAGACUGUUCCAUAAAGUAUCCCACACAGCCUCUUCCAACUUAUUAAUCAAGCGGUACAAAUAUGGAUAUUGGCAUUCUAAAAAACUGAAAUUUAAUACCAAUACAGAUAGAACAAGAAAGUCCAGAGUACUAAAACUGAAGCCUGGCUUCAUUACCAAAAAUGAUGAGAAGAAGCACAAAUUAUCUAUAGGAAAUCAUGGCCACAACAGCCCUUUUUACAAUUCAAAGCAUCAGAUACAAUGCUCAGAAAAAAGUAUUUCCAGAAUAGAAUCUAGUGUAUCUCAAAAAUCAGACAGAAUGGAAAUAGACUGUUCUGGUAUUGUAGAAGAUUAUUUGUACAGUGAAAGAAUUGGAAAGAGUGUUACAGAGGCAACUGUUUUUCCUAGAACUCUUUAUACAGAAAAAACAUUUUUGGUCAAAAGUACAGCUUGUUUCCCUUCAUCUUUAGACAGUCUAAAAAAGAAUCAAAAUUUGGAAGAGUGUUCCCGUACAAUUUGCACUGUAGAUUCAGACACAACUUUUAAUCCAAUAGCAGAAGGUAACACUGGGGGACUGAGCACCCUGGCCUUUAAAACUACUUCAUGUUUAAGUUUGUCCUUGAAUAACAAUACCAACUCUGUUUUGCAAAGUAUCAAGUCUCCAGUGAAAACUUCUGAUGGACUACAGAGAAAUCAUGAAAUUAAAACUUUCGCUGCAACUGUUUCAUUACCACGAAGUCAUUCUUUUUCAUCGUUUCAUGUUAACCAAAGUCCCAUCUCUGUUAAUCAGAAAUACGAAGAUGCGUUUGAAAAAAUAUAUAAGGAAUUGUGCUCUCCAAAACAGCAGAAACCAUUUAAGUUUUCAGAUAUAUACACAAGCCCUAGAAACUCCGCAGAAGUACACAUUUCUGGUUUAAAUAAUUUGUCCUCAAACUUCCAUAAAAAAACCAAUAAUAGGAUUGAAGAUAUAUACCAGAAAUUAUGUUCUGAAGGGUUUCCCAAAAUUCCAACAUUUCUAAGAGCAGCAAACUUAAAAAAAUAUGAAGGAAUGCAAAUAUCUGAAACUGUAAAUGCCCUUGUUAAUUCUCCAGUAAGAACUCUACCUGCUGUUCCCAGAAUUAAAAGAGUGGCACAUUUCUGCAAUGAAGAUUCUCAGUCUUCACCUUUAAAAAGGUUAAAAAACAAAUCUGGUAAUUCUUAUACAGUAUGUCAGAAACGACCUUGCUGGAAAAGCAUUAGAAGCGAUGCAACUUUCACGUUGCAUUCACCUGUUAAAAACAGUUGGGCAUCAAAUAUGAAUUAUGGAUUUUCUGUUUCUUCAGACCAUAGUUUUCUGGCCACUUCAAUUGCUGAUAUGGAAGAAUCCAGGAUUGCAGAUAUGAAUGAAAAUAUUCCCAAGUAUUUGCAGAGUUGUGAGUUUCCAAGAAAAUCACAAAAUUAUAUACCAAAAGUUUCCAGAAAGCUGAGCUAUAAUGAUGGGAGAGUCAGAAGCAAAGAACUCCUACAGAAAGAUUAUGAGGAACCAUUUCUGGAAGGAUAUGGAGAGGAAAAUAAUGUUUUUUAAGAAAACAUAUAUUUUUAUUCAAGGGUUUCUGAGCAGAACAUAGAUUCAGUGGAAUAUUCCUGAACUAAAGCAGGGAAAAACAUUACCAGUUCUUUGACCUUCCAACUCAUCAGCUCUAGCACAGAGUGGUGGACAUAAAAGCUGCAGAAAGCUGCAGAGAACAGGGAGAGAGAACAAACUCUACUGAUAUGGCUCAAUAUCCAGCUCCAUGCAGUUAUUCUCUGCCAUUUGAGGACUGCACGUCCUUCAAAGAAUUGAAUGGAGACUAUAUUUCUAAAAUUCAACAGUUCAGCUAAUCAGUCUUUUUCCUUCUUGAUGGUUUAUUUAGCUUAAGUGAUUAUUAUAGGAAACAUCUUUUGUGGCCCUUAAUUUGUUUGAUCUGCAUCUCUAAAAAGAAGUUAUUUAUAUAGUUUUUGUGGGGGUUGGGGGGCAAUUAAUAUAUAAAUGCAUAUUUUAAUACACUGUUUUUACUGCAUUUAACUUACUGUUCAAUAAGCUCAUGCUUUAGGAAACAGAUCUUUAUUUCACUGCUAAAUAGUAGAUUUGAAAAUACCCUUUUUCUGUAUUUUGAUUUUAUUUUAAAUGUAUUUAGUAUUUGGCUCAUAUAUCUUUGUCUAAU